AUUAUCGAUUAUCUUGUGAUAAUACGCACAGAACUCUUUUGAGAGAAAGACUGUUUGGUCGCUUAGAAAACUGUCGAUAUGAUUUAUAAAGUUUUAAUUUUUGUCUUCAGUGUUGGGUGUUAUGCUGCACCGCAACAGCAAAAUCACGCGAAUCGAGAGUUCAUUCGGCCAUGCUAUUUAAACGAUUAUAAUUGCAUAAGAGACAACUUAGCGGCCAACUCGAAAUGCAACAAAAAUGUCGUAGGUUGGAUUCCCAGCGCGUACAUGAUCAAAACCUUCAGGUUUGAGACACCAUUCUUCAAUGCUUCGUACAUUGACAACAAUCUCGUUGUCAGAAACCAUCAUAACUGCCGGAUUGCCGAGUUCUUCUACAACGUGAAGAAGGAUUCUGCGGUGUUGGCUGUGGAGUGCCGAGGGCUGGUGGUUUCUUCAAACAGGACCCUCAUCCAGCACAACACUUUUAAGGAAGACAGCAUCUACAGCUACAGUAGCACUUGGGAAUAUCCAAUAAUCCGCAUGACAACCCACAUCAGGAACGCGAACAGAAUGGACGUGUGCAAUUCCUUCGUCUACACAGAUGUCGCUGCCAUGCCCAAAUUCGUACUCAAUCCAAAUGACAAACAAACGGCAAAUUUCCUGUCUAAAGACCUAUCGUACUUGAACAUCUACGAGAGAGAGACAUUCUUCUACAGAGGAUUUGGUUUGUUCCAUAGAUUCAUCAGUUCAAUCAUAUGUAACUUCGGAUGUUAUUAUUAAUUUAUUUUAAUUUUAAAGCCAAAAGGGAUUCAGGAAAUGUUAAAUAAUUCUACCUACUUUUUGACUCAAAAUCAAUUCCUGAAAUAAAUUUAAGUCGCCUGUAAACUCCUCUUUAUGU